AUGCUUGAUUUCUGGAUCAAUUACCUAGAAAACCCAACGUUGUCGGUGUUACCGCACGACUUCCUCAAGCCCGAAAAUAACCGGUCCGUCGAAGCUGUCAAGCUGGUGACCAUCGGUGUCAAGCCAGAUUUCGUCACUGGAUUGGCAGUGUUGGCAGCAUUGAUUUAUAGGUUGACUGGUGAUGAUGAUGUGGUAAUUGCCACGGACGCUGAGGCGAGAGGAGAACCUUUCAUCGUGAGAUUGACGGUGGAUGCCAAGAUGCUGUUUAAGCAAUUGGAGGAGAAAGUUCGUCAUGAGUUUGAUAUUAACCAGCAUAAGGUUGAGUAUCAUAACUUGGACGACAUUUCACAGGCGAUCAUGGAGAAAAGGGGCCUAGAUUCCAGACCUCCGUUAUUCAAGAUCAGUUACCAGUAUGCGAGAGACUCGCAGAAGUUGGAGACGUCGGUGAAGGGCUCUGUGAGAGACUUGGCCAUCUUCAUAGACCCCAAGACAGCUCAGUUGCACUUUUUCUAUAAUGCUUUACUUUAUAGGUCGGAGAGGAUGGACAUCUUGGCGGAACAAUUUGCCCAAUUCACCACUGCCGUGUGCCAGAACCCAGACGUUCAAAUCACUCAGGUCAGCUUGAUCACUCCCACGCAAACGCAGCAUCUCCCGGAUCCCACAUUGAAUUUGGACUGGAGUGGUUACAGAGGUGCUAUUCAGGACAUAUUCAUGAAGAACGCUUUGGAGUUCCCAGACAGGACAUGUGUCGUUGAAACCAAGUCGUUCAUGGACCCGAACUCCAAGACGAGAACCUUCACUUACAAGCAAAUCAAUGAGGCUUCGAAUGUAGUUGGUAACUACUUGAAGGAGACUGGCAUCAAGAAGGGUGACAUUGUGAUGAUUUACGCAUACAGAGGUGUUGAUCUUAUGGUGGCUGUCAUGGGUGUUUUGAAGGCUGGUGCUACAUUCUCUGUGAUUGACCCAGCCUACCCUCCAGCGAGACAGAACAUAUACCUUUCUGUGGCUAAACCCCAAGGUCUCAUUGGCUUGGAAAAGGCUGGCGUGUUGGACGAUUUGGUCAAGGAUUACAUCAAGAACGAGCUCAAUGUUGUAACGUCAAUCCCACAAUUAAAGCUCCAGGAUGACGGCACUGUUGUUGGAGGUGCACUGGACUCAUCUGACGAUGUCUUGGCACAAUAUCAGUCUUUCAAAGACAAGCCCACUGGUGUUAUUGUGGGUCCAGACUGCAACCCUACCUUGAGUUUCACUUCGGGUUCUGAGGGUGUUCCUAAGGGUGUGUUGGGUCGUCACUACUCUCUUGCGUACUACUUUCCAUGGAUGGCGCAAAGAUUUGGUCUCUCGUCGAAUGACAAGUUCACCAUGUUGUCAGGAAUUGCUCACGAUCCUAUUCAGAGAGAUAUGUUCACCCCACUUUUUUUGGGUGCUCAACUCAUUGUGCCCACUGCUGAUGAUAUUGGAACUCCAGGCAAGUUAGCAGAGUGGAUGGCUGAAUAUGGUACCACAGUAACUCAUCUCACGCCUGCUAUGGGCCAGCUUUUGAGUGCACAGGCUACGACGCCUAUUCCUAGCUUGCACCAUGCCUUCUUUGUUGGUGACAUCUUGACCAAGAGAGACUGUCUUCGCUUGCAAACGCUUGCCGAAAAUGUGUAUAUUGUCAACAUGUAUGGUACCACCGAAACCCAGCGUGCUGUGUCGUACUUUGAGAUCAAGUCAAGGGCAGCCGAUCCUACAUUCUUGAAGAAUUUAAAGGAUGUGAUGCCUGCCGGUACUGGUAUGUACAACGUGCAGAUGUUGGUGGUCAACAGAAAUGACGCUUCCCAAACCUGUGGUGUGGGAGAGAUCGGAGAGAUCUAUGUCAGAGCAGCUGGUCUUGCUGAGGGAUAUCGUGGGUUGCCCGAUUUGAACAAACAGAAGUUUGUCACAAACUGGUACGUUGACCCUCAGCAAUGGAUCGAAGAAGAUAAGGCUAAUCCGGAUGCUUCGAAACAAGAAUGGAGACAGCAUGGCUGGCUUGGUCCGAGAGACAGAUUGUACCGUACCGGUGACUUGGGCAGAUACUUGCCCGAUGGUAAUGUUGAAUGUUGCGGAAGAGCUGACGAUCAAGUCAAGAUAAGAGGUUUCCGUAUUGAGUUGGGUGAGAUCGAUACUCAUUUGUCACAGCAUCCAUUGGUUCGUGAAAAUGUCACUUUGGUGAGAAGAGACAAAAGUGAAGAGCCCACAUUGAUUUCCUACAUUGUUCCAAAGGAAUGCCCUGAGUUGCACGAGCUCAAAGCUGAUAUUGAGGAGCAAGACGAUCCAAUUGUGAGUGGUUUGGCAGCAUAUGGUGCUCUUAUUAAGGAUAUCAAGCUGCACUUGAAGAAGAGAUUGGCUCUGUACGCCAUCCCAACGAUAAUUGUACCUUUGGUCAAGUUACCUCUCAAUCCAAAUGGCAAAGUUGACAAGCCAAAGUUGGCGUUCCCCGAUACUGCCCAGCUUGAAGCUGUUGCACGUUUGGCUGCUGACAAGAGAGGCGUGAAUCAAGAAGAGGAAAGCUUCAACGAUUUGGAAGCCUCAAUUCGUGACUUAUGGAUCGAGGUUUUACCGAACAGACCCGCAACCAUUGCGAAGGACGAUUCCUUUUUCGAUCUUGGUGGCCACUCAAUUCUCGGUACCAGAAUGAUCUUCGAAUUGCGCAAGAAGCUUAAUGUUGAUGUCCCAUUGGGCAUCAUAUUCAAGAACCCGACAAUCGAAACGUUCGCCAAGGAAGUUGCCAAGUAUAUCAAGGGUGACUCUGCUCAGUUGGCAGACGGCAAGUCUGAGCACCACGAAGUCGAGAUUGAUAACUCGCUCACAUACAGCGAUGAUGCUAAAGAGCUUGCCAGAACACAUAUUUUCAAGGAAUACCAGCCUUUGGAGAAGUUGGACUUCACUUCACGCAUCAACGUAUUCCUUACUGGUGCUACUGGUUUUCUUGGCUCUUUUAUUUUACGCGAUCUCUUACUGAGUCGCAAGGGCGAUUACAGAGUUUUCGCUCACGUUAGAGCCUCCUCUCCUGAGGCUGGUUUGGAGAGAUUGCGCAAGACGGGUAAAACAUACGGAAUCUGGAAUGAAGAUUGGGCUUCUAAGAUCGAAGUCGUUCUUGGUGACUUGAGCAAGCCUAAGUUCAACUUAGACUCCACUCUGUGGUCGAAGCUUGCCAACACUAUCGAUGUCAUUAUUCACAACGGUGCAUUGGUUCAUUGGGUCUACCCAUACUCUCAAUUAAGAGAUGCCAAUGUGAUUUCGACCAUCAAUGUAAUGAAUUUGGCCGGUGAGGGCAAGCCUAAGCAAUUCUCUUUCGUUUCAACGACUUCCACUCUUGAUAGUGACUACUUCAUUAAUGCCUCGGAUGAGUUGACGUCAAGAGGCUUUGCUGGUAUAGCUGAACUGGAUGACUUGAACGGUUCUAGCACUGGUUUGGGCACCGGGUAUGGUCAGUCAAAGUGGGCUGCUGAGUACAUCAUCAGAAGAGCUGGUGAAAGAGGUUUGAAGGGAUGCAUUACAAGACCAGGAUAUGUUACUGGGUACUCCAAGACAGGUGCUUCCAACACCGACGAUUUCCUUUUGAGAAUGUUGAAGGGCUGCGCUGAGUUGGGGUCGUAUCCAGACAUCUCGAACAAUGUCAACGCUGUGCCAGUGGAUCAAGUUGCUCGUGUUGUUGUUGCAACUGCUCUCCAUCCUCCCAUAGCUGAUUAUUUGGCCGUUGCACAAGUCACAGGCCAUCCAAGAAUCAAGUUCAACGACAUGCUUGCAUCUCUCAAGACCUACGGCUACGACUUGCAGUGCCAGGACUACCCUGAGUGGAGAUCCUCUUUGGAAAAGUUUGUUAUUGAGGAGUCUAGAGACUCCGCAUUAUUUCCCUUGCUUCACUUUGUCCUCGAUAACUUACCUCAGGAUACGAAAGCUCCAGAGUUGGAUGACCAAAAUGCUGUCAAGUCAUUGAAAGCCGACGCCGAGCUCCUGGGUGAGGAUAGAAGCGCUGGAGACGGUCUUGAUGCCGACCAAAUGGGUAUUUACAUAAGCUACUUGGUGAAGAUUGGCUUCUUGCCCGCGCCUACGAAGGCUGGCCAGCCAUUGCCACCUGUUGAGUUGACUCAAGAGACAUUGGAUCUUAUUGCCUCUGGCGCUGGUGCCCGUGGAUCAGCCGGAAAGUAA